AUGUGGAGUGAGUUACUCCGCGUCUCGAAUUAUGGCAUAAGACUGAUAAAUGGUAGUAUCGUGGCUGUUCAUGGACUAGGAUCGAAUCCGGAUUGGGCUUGGACCCAUGAUUCCGGAGUCAUGUGGUUGAGAGACCUGCUGCCAAACAGCCUCCCCAAUGCCCGCAUUAUGGCGUUCAAUCACAAUUCAAAAUGGGAUCGAGAUUCAUCUGUCAAGUCAAUAGAGCAUUGUGGGAAGGAGCUACUUGACAAUUUGAAUCUCGUACGCAAGGGGUUUGAAGAUCGACCAAUUAUCUUUAUUGGGCAUAGCUUUGGGGGGAUAAUUAUCAAAAAGUUUUCUCGAGGGAUACCGGCAUGA